AUGAACUGCCCCUCUCGCACCGACGAGCCAGAGGGCACCGGCUUCAACCAGAAUCCCAGCUCGCUCUCUGCCGAUCUCACCACUAGGCAGGAUCUCAAUGGCAUGGCGAAUGCUCGCGUUUUACGGAGGAUAUCGAGUAGUGAGGUUCGGGCCAUGGAAGACCUUGAACCAGACCGCGAAUUGCAGGAGGAUACAAAUAAAGGGCAUGCGGUGGUGAAGGGGGUGGCCGCUGGAAAGAUCCAGGCGGCGAGCAGCCCCAGCGAUGCUCAUGGGAGCAGGGCUGGGGCAGAGGGCGGCGAGGGGAGUGGGAGCGCGCAUAGGAGUGCCAACGAACGACGGAGAUACCACAAUUAUGCUGUAAACCGCUUCAUGAGAAUUCGAAAGUUCAUGGUGAACUUCGCCAGAUUCAUUGGCCCCGGAUUCAUGAUCUCCGUAGCAUACAUCGACCCAGGAAACUAUGCCACGGAUGUUGCUGCUGGUGCGAGCUACAGAUUUAAGCUCCUCUUUAUCGUGCUGAUGUCCAAUAUCUUCGCUAUAUUCCUCCAGACUUUGUGCAUCAAGCUUGGGAGUAUUAGCGGUCUCAACCUAGCCGAAGCCUGUAGGGCAUUUCUUCCGGGAUGGCUGAAUAUAAUGCUCUAUGUCAUGGCGGAAGGGGCGAUCAUUGCUACAGAUAUCGCCGAGGUUAUUGGAACAGCCAUUGCAAUCAAUCUUUUGAUACCCCAGAUCCCAUUGGUUGCAGGACCAAAUGGGUCUAUGAAGGGACUCCGGGCGUUUGAGUUCUUCGUUAUGGCACUAGUGCUAGGCGUUGUGGUUUGCUUUUGCAUCCAGCUGAGCUUGAUUAAGGAUACAUCUAUAGGGGAGGUCUUCCGAGGGUAUCUUCCAUCUUCGGCCAUUGUGCAGUCUGACGGCCUUUACCAAUCUUGCGGUAUUCUUGGCGCUACCGUCAUGCCUCACAGCCUUUACCUAGGAAGUGGAAUAGUCCAACCACGCUUGUUGGAGUACGACGUCAAGCAUGGCCUAGCAAGCCCAUCUAAUGAAUCGGACGGCAUCGAAAAAGAGCAGUAUUAUCCUUCCCUGCCAGCCAUCAAUUUCUGCCUCAAGUACUCCAUCGCCGAACUAACAAUCGCACUAUUCACAUUCGCACUGUUUGUCAACAGCGCCAUCCUCAUCACCGCGGGCGCCUCUCUCUCCUCGGACAGCUCCGCAGCGGGUGCCGACCUCUUCGGGAUCUACAGCCUCCUUUCAUCUAGUAUAGCCCCCGCAGCAGGAACGAUCUUCGCUCUCGCGCUUCUACUCUCCGGCAUCAGCGCCGGCAUCGUUUGCACGAUCGCAGGACAGAUGGUCUCAGAAGGCGCGUUGAAUUGGACGAUCAAGCCAUGGCUCCGCCGCUUAAUCACGCGAAGUAUCAGCAUCACGCCUAGUAUCAUCAUCGCUGGCGCCGUCGGCAGAUCAGGACUCAAUGCUGCGUUGAACGGUAGCCAGGUCGCCCUCAGCGUCGUGCUACCGUUUGUUACGGCGCCGCUUAUCUACUUCACCUGCAGGAAUAAAUACAUGACUGUUCGUGCGAGUCAUGGACCGAGAGGUAAUGGCGACGAGGCCGAUGCUUAUAGACUCGAUAGUACAGGGAGUGACUCACUGGCACCGCAACCGACGAAAAUGAGGAAUAAUUGGUUCGUUGCUGCUUGUGGUAUUAUUAUUUGGUUGGUUAUGGCAGUUAUGAAUGUCGCAAAUUUGGUCCUAUUAGGAAAGGGCCAGGCAUAG